CAACAACACACAAUCGCACACAUUCAUACUGACAGCCAAAUGCCAUCAAAACAAUCCGGCAGUGACAGCACCCGGGGGAUGUCAAAACAGUGCGGUGUAAACAGCCGAGCACGCAACCGGCAUCGAUGGAAGAGUACAAAAAAUUGGUUUGGUCCCGCCAUAAUCCACGGUCGGAGGGAAAACUGCUCGAGCAAGCAUCGAUCGAUUUCGCCGACUACCACAAUGACAUCUUCAAUCUGCACAUCAACGAGAUCGAUCCGGUGCAUCAGAUCGAGGAAAUACGUGCCCUGGUGGACGAAUCUGCUCUCUUCCUGCCGACGGAAAUGCCCACCGACCCCCGGACCGGCCAGAAGGUGCAGGAGCUGGAAAUUGCGUGUAACAAAUCGUUGCUCCUCUUCAACAAAUUCCCCUCCGGUUCGGUGCUGACGCGCGACGAGCAUCAGCACUGCCUCACGGUGCAGAACCGCAUUAACAUGCGCCUUCCCUUUACCACCGCAAAGGAGAAGAAAAACUACGCCCGCUACCUGGAGCUGAUGGGCAAGCUUGCCCCGGAAAAGGAAAUGUUCGACAGCUUUGUGAAGAAUUACUUCAACACGAACUUACUGCGCCGCAAGCAAACGAUCGAACCGGAGCUGAACUCGCUGGUGGUAAAGAUUUGGCAGGAAAAGGUACGGGAACGGUUGGCACUCGAACGUGAGCUUGGUGGGCAGUACGUGCUGACGACGGUGGUUCCAUUUUACGGGUGCGUAGAAAACGAAACCAACGUAACGUUUGAGCCGUCCACCGGGGUGGAAGUGCACGAAACCGGUACGGUAAGGAAUCUGUUCACCGAAAACGUGUUACGCUGUGUAACGCUUAAGCGGAACGAGCGUGUGCUGGAGAAUUUCACAGCGGAAUGGUGUACGGUACGAUGCAAGCGGGACGAACAGAUGGUCAACAUUCGUGCGGUUCUCCAGCAGCUCCCGGACGUUGCGUUUGUGAUGCCGGCCGGUGCCUUUACGCUGCUGCUAAACUAUGCCCAAAACACGCAGGAACACUGGACGAUACCGUUCGAAAUUAAGCUGAUCGAUGGGCGGAAGGUUUUAAUCAUGGACAGCAGGCACCCACCGAACAAACUCACCACGCACGCCAGGAAGGUGAAAGCGUACAAACUGCUGGUGAAAAGCUUUAUGGCCUUCAAGGAAAGGAAACAGCUACCGGAGUCGGCUAAAUGCCCCGUCAAAGAUGGAGAAAAACCGGCGGACCAACCAUUUAGACCGCUUGCAUUCGAUGAGUACAUGAAGGAAAUGGCACACAGAGAAGUUUCCUCCGCAAAGGAAAGGAUCCGCGAAAGUAGGUUUUAUCAGGCGUGGAAAUUGAAGGAGCAGAUCACCGAUGAGCAGCACCAUUUGCUGGUCGGCUUCCGGCAGGACUGUUACGAAUCGUUCCGUAAGAUGCGUGUCUUCAUCAACAUCUCCGUCAAGAUCGAGUAUCAGCCCGAGUUCGGUGCGGAGCAGAUGACGCUGGCGGAGCUGCUGCAGGAAUGGUGCCGUCAGCUGCUGCGGCCCAACUCAAAAACGAUGCGUUUGCGCAUCAACAGCACCACCUCGUCGAUUAUCUCCCAUCGGUACCUCGAGCUGCGUGACAUCGAGGAAGAGCUGCACCGGCUGUACAGCGUCAAACCGUGCAAUCUGAUCACCAACGUGUGGAAAAUGUUGAAACUGAUGGGAAAUUUCCCUACCGGACACUAUCUGCUGCAGCGCGACGGCAAAAGCACCCAGGGUCCGUCGGUGUACGGUCGCAAGGUGGUCGAAAAGCCGGGCCAAAGCUCACCCGGCACCGGCGUGUGCUUGAGCUGGUCCGAUCUGCUAGGCCAAAUCCAGUACGAUUGUCCACCGCUGGAACAGUACGAUUGGAUCCCGAUCGACCGGUUCGUAGUAACACAGCUCCAUCGGGUAAACACACUAUUCCCGUGCAGUUUCCCACACUGGACGUCCGUGCGGAUGUUGAAUACCCGCCAGAGCCAAAUGAAGGCCAAGCCGGUGGAAGCGAAGCCGGUCGGUAAGAAGAAAGCAAGUCCACAGAAAGCAACGCCAACGGCCGUGAGCGUGAAAGUCCUCACGCAGGCACAGCUGAUGCGACGGGAGAAGGUAAAGCUGCGGAAAAAGUUGGCCCGACAGCAGAAGCUAAAAGCGGAACAGAUUCAACAGUCGCUCAAUCAGUUUGCUCCCUAUGCAGGGUCGGCCAAGCCCGGAGAGUCGAUGGCGGGUGAAGCUGUUCCGCUGCAGGAUACACUAAUGGCGACAACGUGCGGUCCAGAGUCGGUCGAUUACAAUGCGUAUGUGGAACAAGCCGCAAUAAACCCGGACGCGAAAGAGUAGGGAAGAUAAUUUUAUAAACCGGUUGUAUCACAUUUCGGUGUCGCUGUUAACAAUCUCCUUGCGCUCGCUUCCCUAUGUACGUCUCCUUCCACCAGUCCUGGUCGAGCUGGUAGUCUUUCUCCUUCCACCGAAAGCGUGUCGGCGGUCGAUCUUCCCCGUUUUGGAAUGUAAAGGAAGAGCUUAGCUCGAUCGCAAGCUUGGAACGGAUCAACCCAAUCGACCCGUACCGUUCCGGGGCCGGAUGGUACACCCGUCCAGUGUCCGGAAACAUGCAGAUACGAUCCGGCUGCCACGGUACACUCAUCUUGUCGCUGGCAUGAGCGUACGCGAUCCGAUCCUCGUUAUCUGAAAGCACGCGUACGAUCAUGUAGGAUCUAAAAAGACGACUGAAACCUCCCACCCCAUACGAACCAUGUUGAAUGAUGUGUGUAAACACGAUCGGCAAAUCAUCACAGCGAAUAAAGUUUCUCUCCCGGCCGCAGACCGACAGAAACGGAAA